UGACAGUUUCCCGCAAGAUCAUCACCGUGUCUCCUGCGGCUUGUGGCGAGCACAGAGACAGUACUCGCACACCAUGAAUUGAAGCUCCAUAACCGUGCAACUUUCUAACCUAAAUAUUAAGCAAGUUGUGAUCAUGGCCGGCAUGUCUGUGACCGUGCUGUGCCCCGCUGGACGACGGGUCAACGUGAAGGUCACUCCAAACACCAGCAUCCUGCAGAUCAUUGAGGAAGCCAGUUUGAAGCAAGGCCUGAAUCCUGACCAGUAUGACCUGAAACACCUGCGGCGUGUGUUGGACAGCAGCAGCAAUGUACGCCAUGCAGGGCUGCCCAACAGGUGCCAGCUGGAGAUGGUGGAGGCACCUGUGCUACGUUCACCAGCCUCUGUCAAUGUCCACAUUGCCACAGAGUUGGGUCUCCGCCUGGUCCAUGAUUUUCCCUGUACAACAACUUUAUGGGAGAUCCUGGAGUACCACCGGGAGAACAGUGGUGUCGGGGAAGAGUUCCUGCCAGCUGUGGAGAGUGGCCAGGAGGUGGUGCUGGUGUAUGCCAUGCGCAGGAUCACCUGUCCAGAGCUAGCCAAAGUCACCCUCAGAACCCUUGGCCUUGUUGGGGGAAAGUGUAUGCUAAGGCACAGUGUCCAGAGCAUGUCAUCAGCUGGCUGUCAGGCACACGUGUCUUCCUCCCUGGCACGCCGCCCCGUUCACCACCCAGAGCUGGAAGAGGAAGAAAAGCCAGUUGUGGAGAAUGAUGUUGGGGGACACAGUGUAGCUCUUAAGUACCCUCCUGCCUCUGCUGUGUCUCACCCCAGGGAAGAACAGAACUAUCACUCCCAGGAUAUGGAUGUCAGCAUGGAAGAGAUCCCUGCCUCUAUCCCUCCAGUGAUCCUCAAGGAAGCCACACCUGCCGUGCCUUCUCAUUCAAGACUCCAUACAAGUUUCUCCUCAUCAGGUGCUGAGUGUGCUGUCCCACUUGACCUGACUACAACGCCAUCCCCUCAGGAGAUGCCCCCUCCUCCCAAGGUUACCAAGAUAGGAGACCAUAAUGCCAUCGUGUUCAGCAUGGCCGAUGCACCACCCACGCUGACCGGAGACGAGGACGAUGCCUUCUUUCAGCUGACUGCAGAAGAGGUCAGGCGGUUAUACAAGGAGCAGAGGAAAGCCUUAAUAGAGCUGCAGGAAGCACCUUUGCUGACUAAAAGCAUGAGGGAAAUGGAGGAGAGUUCCAAAGUGCUAACAGCCAUGAGCCGCUACCCCAUCACCCACCUCAGGAUACACUUCCCAGAUGAACAUGUCAUCCAGGCAUCCUUCAAGCCCACUGACCUUGUGGCUGAUGUCAUCAACUUCCUGCGGCCAUUCCUUGCCUGCCCCACUGCUGACUUCAGUCUGUCCACACGACAUCCACAUAGGACCUUGUCUCCAAGCACCACUCUUGUUGCUGCUGACUGUGUCCCUAAUGCCCGUCUGUACUAUGAGGGACUCCCUGCUGACCCACCAUUCCUGAGUGAGGACACACUGGCCAAGAAGUCUUCCUACAGUGGGGCAUGUAGCAGCUUAAACUCCAUGAAUACCACAAAGACAAGGCCUCUUGGAAUUAGCAGCAAGGGCCACACUCUAUCUGAGCCAUCCAGCAGCAGCAGUAGCAGCAGGAGGAAGGAGGAAGCCUUGGACUUGGGCACUCGGCCCAAUGCCAGUGACAGCAGGAUGACGGGAACAGUGCCUAAGGUUCCUAAAUGGUUUAAAGUUGGAAAGUGAUACAUAAUAGUAAUAUAAAGUACUUGUGUUAUAUGAAUAGGAAAACAAAUGUAUAGUUUUAUUUUCUGUCAUCAAGGGAGAGAAUUUUAUACGCAAAACAUACAUGUAGCAUAUCACAGUGAGCCAGUAUUAUUGAGAAAAGACAUGGCAAUCCCAUGAAGUUAUGGAGUUGGAGCUUAUUAUUUCACAAGACACUACAAACUACAUGUGAGUUGUUCUGACAAAGCCUCACAGGUGAAAAGAUGCAGCUGUCUACCUCCUCCUCUCUUUCCAGCUCAGUCAUUCACUACAUUUAUAAGUACUCUGAGAAAUGAGUCAGUGCAGUAAUUAUAAUAGUCAUCGCUUAUGUGAGUUUAGAUAUUAUUUUGGAGAGAUUUUAUACUUAAAUAUAGAAUGCCUAUCUAUUUGUACCACAAAUUUUGGAUGAAGACAUUUGACAACACUUGCAAACUUGUGUUGAGAGAUCCCUAAGUGCCAUCUUCCUGUUUCAGUUAUGUCAAUGCAAUGCAGUGACCAUAAGCUAAGAAAAAUCCCUCAAUGAUGUUAUUAAGCUUUACUCAUUGAGACAAAGGGUUUGUGAAUAUUAUGGCAGUGUCUACGUUCUGUAGUUUUGUAAUGAAAUGCUCACCCUUUGAUUAUACUGUUUACUAAUUAAAUGUUAGUCAAGGAAGAUUUUUCAGCAAAUGGUGUUGUAGUGGCUGUAGUAGAAGAGUGGUAAAGUUCUGUGCAUUUUAUAUAACAAGAUGACCACACUCAAGGGUCGCCACUUUUAUCAUUGCCAUACAAACACCGUGUUAUCAUUGUCACCACCAUACUGUUAUCAUUAGUUACUUGCUCUUUAAUCUGUGUACACAUCCUUUGAGGCAACACACAAAUACCUGGGUGCUGCCAUACUUGGGCUGACUGACACAGAACACAGAGAACAGGGCUGUCUGGGAGGAAGGGAACAGUAGUGUACCAACAAACUGCAUGAUACCAGAUGCCAGUUUUGUCUUGAUUAUCAUCACAUGGGGUUCAGAGAAUUAAUGCAUUGUAGGUAUACUAGUGGCUUAUAAGUAUAGAAAAUGUUGUGAAUAUAAUCAGGGAUGUCUUUAUCCUAGGACACAUUGUGUGUAUCUGGAUCUUUGCAUUUUAUUGAUGAGUUAAUUAGAACUCUUUGAGCCUCACAAAUUAACAUGUACCUUGGAUCCUGUUGAGGCUAAACAUGCUCCUCCUAUGAAGACAAUAUCUAUGAUCUAAAUGUAAGCUUAAUGCUACAAGCUGACUCAAAUAAGUAGAAGUUUCAUCUUUAAUAUUUUACAUGUAAAUGCAUGUCUUCAUAAUUUUGGAAUUACUUUAAUGUUGUAAUUAUUUCCGUGUAGAAAUUUUUAUUUUAGUUUGAAACAAAUUAUAUGCUUUGCUGAUAAGAAAUGUUUAAUUAUAUUGAACAAAAUAUGUACUUACAUGCUGUAUUAUGGUGUGCAUUCUACAGCCUGUCCAUAUUUGACACAAUUCAUGUUUCUAAAGUUUUUCAUCAACUUCACAAAGAUUUAAUUUUACUUGUGAAUUGUUUAUGCUUAUUCACUUUACAAGAAGUAAAAUCUGAAUUGUUUAUAAAGAUUUAUUGAAGAGGUGAUCAAUUUGUUUAAUCUAUUAGAUUAUGAACAUUUGACUGCUUGACAAGUGAGAAGCAGUGUGACUUAGGUGUGGAGACUCAAGACAGGUACAAGCUUGAUAAUUUUAUGCAUCAUUGUAUCCCAAAGGUGACAUAUGGAAGCCAUAUGUAUGCUUUAACUACAACAACAGCUCAAUAUACUAUUACUACUCUAAAUGCUUUUACUUACUUUACAAGAAUAAUAUAGUGUAUGGACCUGGUAGUUCAUCUUUGGUCCUUGGGAUGGUGUUAUGAGAGGCACCAGAAGUACCUUGGCCAACACUGGUGGAAUGUGAGGUUAUCAUUGAAACAUGAUUCAUUGAUCUUUGAUAUUGGUUUCAACAAUGUUUUCAAAGCUAUUUUUUACUGUUUUUAGUACUUCAGUGGUUGCAGUGUUGCAGUACAUGCUCCAGUUGUGCAACACCCUUAAGGAUGUGAGAUCUUGUGCAUGACUGCUCACUCAUCCCCUCCACUUGUGCAUCUACUGUGGCUGGGCACCACCACCACCAUUACUACUACUAGUAAUGAUAUACAUACUAGGUGCUUACUUUUUAUCUCAUGUAUACAUUGCUUACAAGUUAGUUGUCCUACCCUUCAACUGGCAUUCCUUUCUUUUGUAGUGUCAAAUAUCACAAUAAAUUAUUAGGUAUCUGGAAGAGAACUGUUGGAUGAGCUUUCUAAGAGUAGGACAUAAAUCUCUCUCUCUCUCUCUCUCUCUCUCUCUCUCUCUCUCUCUCUCUCUCUCUCUCUCUCUCUCUCUCUCUCUCUCUCUCUCUCUCUCUCUCUCUCUCUCUCUCUCUCUCUCUCUCUCUCUCUCUCUCUCUCUUUCAAAAACACAUGUAUACUAUAACAUGCUUAGUUUCCAUUGGGUAUGAUAAUACAAGUAGAUAUAUAGGUAGGCAGGUAGGUAGAUGGAUAGAUGGCUGGGAGGCUGCACAGGCUCCUAUAUGAGGCUUGCAAUGGGAGUGGGCCAGUUAGUGAGUGGAUAUCAAAUUGUCAUUUUCCUCCUGUUCCAUACAUACAGUCAGAUGUGGGUAUCUAAUACUUCACAGUUACAUAUUUAGAUUAUGUAUUUUGUUAUCUGACCAAUAAAGGUAAUGUUAAGUCAA